UCUAAUAGAAGCUUUAUUUUUAAAGAUUAUACAGCUGGAAGUCUGUGUGAUUGAAAAGACAUCAGUGUAGAUUUCCAAACUUAAGUUGCAGCAACAUGUGCUCGGUUACUUGUUUUCAUGUACUGAAAGUUGUAAAUCAAAGCCUUAUUAGUUUAGAUUAAUACCAUUUAGUGUACAUGAAUCCUAUAUUUCACUGUGUCAGGAGGUAUCAUUUGACAGUUCACACAUGUUGGCACUUUUUUCUGAGUUGACACCAAGGUGCAACAUUAUUUUUCACUUGUCAAAAAAAGUGACUUAGCAUGUCCAAUACUGACAUGGAACUGGGGAUGGGAUGAAGAACACUCUAUAAUAGUGAAGCAGUCAAUGAAUUUCCAGUUUGUUUGUGAAGUGAAAGGGAAUACUGCUUAGCGCGCCUUGUCCCAAGUAAAUAUUUAUCAAAAGCCAGACACAAGAAAGUCAUUAUUUGCCACUCCACCCUUAUACCUCUCUCACCGCCUCCUGAUGUUUGGACAAAAACAAACAGAGUUGGAGCCAAUGCAGGGAGAGUACCCAGAAAGGCAUACAGAGGGCCAGUAUAUAUUGAGCUGCCUGCAGUGUUUUUGGUUCCUUUCACUGCUGUACAAGGUGUGCCACUGUGUCCUGUCCUGUAGGACCCACUGGCCUCAGACAUGGCACGUCUGGCCCUCCCUGUCUUCCUCGUUCUUUGCUUCUCCUUGCUUCACUUCAGCUCCGGCCGUCCAUCUCGCACCAAGAAGGCCGUGUCACCUCGUCAGUCCGGAGCUGCAGAGGAAGAUGAUGUGAAGUCCCAGCUUGAGAGGUUGUGGCAGGAGGUGAAUUCACUGAAAGAGAUGCAGGCGUUGCAGACAGUCUGUCUCCGUGGCAUCAAAGCUCACAGGAAGUGUUAUCUUACAAUUGAGGAACCCAAACAUUACCAUGAAGCAAACGAAGACUGUAUUGCACAAGGAGGAACUCUUGCAACACCGCGAGACAUGAUGGAAAACAAUGAACUGAGGGACUAUGCAAAGAGGAGUUCCCCAGGAUCCAAGGACUUCUGGAUCGGCGUGGCAGACAUUGUGAAAGAAGGCCAGUAUGUUGAUGUCAACAGCCUGCCAGUCAGCUACCUUAACUGGGACCGCUCCAAGAAGCAGCCCACAGGCACGAAGAGGGAGAGCUGUGUUGCUCUUUCAGUGGUUGCACAAGGAAAGUGGUACGAUGAGGUGUGUCGCAGCCUCAAAAAGUACAUCUGUGAAUAUGUCAUUCCCUAAAAGGAGACAGAGUGGUUGUUGACAACUUGAUCAUCAUUUGUGUGGGUCAUUAAUUAAAACUGUGCAAAAAUGUGUUGUCAAAUCUGUGCUAAUUCAUGAUGGAAACAUGACUUGUUAUUGACCAUGAAUUAUGACAUUUAUUAAAUGUGUCUCUAUGGAUAUUAAUUAGGUUACUAAUUAGCUUUAAUACACACAGUAGUGACUGUAAUCAAUAGAUAAUCAGCUGAAAUGAUGUGAUUUCCCUUUGAUAACAGAUAUCAGGCAACUUCAUGUUCCCUUUUUGCAAAGUCCCAAAGCCUGAACAGCACAAGAAGUAAGAAAUUCUGGAAAUAAACAAAAAUUUGAA